AGCGCACACACAGGAAACCACGCACGCAGCAUUAAUCUCAUUUUUACAAAGGAUAGGAGUGUCUUGAGUGGUCGGGCACUUAUUGUGCGACAGUUUUUACAAGAAAUAGUUGUUUAUUUCUUAUAAGAAACGCCCAAACAGGCAGAAGUGUUGAUCUGGACUGAGAAUCUAGGAGGACGCACAUCACAAGUGGUUUAUGAUGUCUGGCGAAUCGGCUCCAACUCAGCAACAACAACCUGAGCAGGAGAAGAAGCCCGACGAGCCUCCGCCAGCGGCUGCAGAUGCACCGCAGGAGUCGGGGGGCAGCCCCGCAGCCGGGGAGAAGCCUCCCCCCUGCAGGGCUCUGGUCCUGACGGGCUACGGCGGCUACGACAAAGUGAAGCUGCAGGUGAAGGCGCAGAGCGAGCCGCGGCUGAAGGCGGCCGAGGUCCUGGUGCGCGUCAAGGCGUGCGGGCUGAACUUCGCCGAGCUUCUGGGCAGGCAGGGGCUGUACGAGCUUUUGCCCGCCCCGCCUGUCACGAUGGGAAUGGAGGGCUCCGGGGUCAUCGAAGCAGUCGGGGAGGAUGUGAAGGACCGGAAAGUGGGGGAUCGUGUCAUCGUGUUGAGCCGCAGUGGCAUGUGGCAGGGAGUGGUUGUUGUGCCCGCCAACCGCACCUUCCCCAUGCCAGAGCAGAUGAGCUUCGAGGAAGGGGCUGCUCUCCCCAUUAACUACAUGACCGCCUACAUGAUGCUGUUUGAGAUGGCCAACGUGAGGCCGGGCAAGAGCGUUCUCAUCCACAUGGCAGCAGGUGGCGUCGGUAUCGCCGCUACCCAGCUGUGUCAGACCGUGCAGGAUGUGACGGUUUUUGGCACGGCGUCGGCCUCCAAACACGAGACCAUUGCACAAGGUGGGGUAACUCACCCCAUCGACUACCGCACCAAAGACUACGUGGAAGAAAUCCGCAAAAUCAGCCCAAAGGGAGUGGACAUCGUCCUCGACCCACUCGGUGGUUCAGACACCCAAAAAGGUUUUAGUUUGUUGAAACCUUUGGGCACGCUCAUAGUCUUUGGUGCAGCUAAUUGUGUGACAGGCCAGAAGAAGAACCUGCUGGCCAUGGCGAAGACCUGGUACAACCAGCUGUCGCUCACCACGCUGAAACUGAUGCAGGCCAACAAGGCGGUCUGCGGCUUCCACCUGGGCUACAUCACUGAUGAGGAGCUCCUGAGCAGGACCAUGUUCAAGCUGCUUGAGCUGUACGAGCAGGGAAAGAUCAAGCCCUGCAUCGACUCACGCUAUCACUUUGAGGAGGUGGCGGAUGCCAUGAGGCGCAUGCACGAACGCCAAAACAUCGGGAAAGUCAUCCUCCUUCCUGAACCCAAGAGGGAGGAAGAGAGGCCAAACUCUGAGCCCGAGCCGGCAGAAAAAGUGGAAAAAACUGAAGGUGCCGUCAGCGAGGAGAGAGAAGAGGCCACAGAGGAAGUUAAAGCAGAGAAAGAUUGAGACAAAAUUAUGGAGCCUGUACAUCCUCUGCACAUCCAUGGCUAUUCAUUCUGAUGUCUUUGAGGAGGGUCCUCUACUCUCAGUCCCCGCAUCCCCCUGAUUCCUGUGCCCCUGUGUGUAACUGUAUUCAUGAUGGUGAUAGAAUGAUGAUGCUUUUUUUCAUUUUUUUUAUAAACUUUGUGCACAUUUCAGUGUUCAUAACCUGUCUGUAUUAUUAAAGUGUUAUCACAUACGUUGCUCUGACCUUCUCCAUUACUUUAUACACUGCUUGUGAAUCUCUAGCCUAUAAUAAUACAUUAUCAUUUAUAUGUUGUAAAAUAAAUGCAGUGCAGUA